AUGUUCGGCAUCUUUGCGGACUUAUUGUCCUCCGUGAUCACCAUCCUCUUCCCCAUCUUCGCUUCCUACAAGGCCCUCCGCUCCGCCGAUCCCUCCCAACUCGCACCAUGGCUGAUGUACUGGGUCGUACUGUCCGUCGUACUGCUGGUAGAAUCUUGGACAGUAUUUAUUAUCGGAUGGUUCCCCUUCUAUAGCUGGAUCCGCCUCUUUUUCUUGUGCUACCUCGUUCUUCCCCAGACUCAGGGAGCCCGCCUCAUCUAUCAAGACUACGUUGAUCCCUUUUUGACCCACCACGAACGCGGGAUCGAAGAGUUCAUCGGUCGGUCACACGAGCAGGCCAAGGCAUUGGGUCUACAAUACUUCUACAAAGCUAUCGAUUUGAUCCGAGAGAAGGUAAUGGGCCUCCCCCCACAACAGCCCGCGCCACCGCCACCCUCGGGGCCCGCUGCCUAUGCUCAAUCGUUGCUGUCGCGUUUCAACAUCCCGACUGCCGGCGCUCCAGCUGCGCCCGGAGCACCGGCUGGCGCACCAGCAGCUACCACCGAUUGGUAUUCGAUCCUCGGUUCUGCCCUGGGGUCCGUCGCUUCUGCAGGCAGGCCCCGUGAAGCACGAGAGGAGGAGCUUUCCGCCAGCGGUACCCUUCUCCAGCGCAAGUUGGAAACCAUGUCCGGUGCCGAGAAGGCCAGCUAUAUCUCCAGGCAGCGGGAGGUGCUGGACUUCCUACGCUCGACUUUGAGUCGGGAGGAGCAAGCGAUGAGUCCGGAUGAGGCCGAGAAUGAUGAUCUGGCGUACGGUGCUCCGCUGCGGAAGGAUCCUAGCGAUACCUCCUUUGAUGUAGUGGACGAUGAGGAUUUGGGGAGUCGCGGUACUGCUACUCGACGGAAGAGUAGUCGGUGGACAUCAGGCUGGAUGGGUAACGAGCAUGAUUCGUCGGGUUCAUCAGGCACCGACAACGCUGCCCGUGCGUCCGGGUAUGAUCGAUACUAG